UGCUUUAUUGGAUGAAAUGAGAAUUUGUACAAAACGAAAAGAACAACAAAAAUACCAAAAUGAUUUUAACAACAAAUAUAAAAGGGAUAGUAAAUGGCAGAAAAAAAAACAACCAAAAACGAAUUGAAUCGAAUUUUGGUUCUCAAUUUCAAGGGCAAGAGAUAAAAUUCGAAACUCAAAGUUAGCAACUGAAAUGUUUUCUUUUUUGAACAAUUUAUUUACAAAUUAUAAUCCGUUGCAAGCGGGCUUAGGAAAAAUUUGGUUUUAAAUUUAGAAUUAUGAAUCACAUGGAAUCGGAAGAAACAUCUAAUGAUGAUACAAAUAUUAUAAGCGACUUAUUAAAUUCUGCUGAAGCUAUGCAAUCGGCCUCCUCCUCUGCCAUUAUAACUAAAGUUCAAGUGCCCUUAAAAAAUAAUGAAAAUACUAGUGAAAUAUCUACGGCAAUAGUUUGCGAUGCAAAUAACAAACUUAAUAUGUUGUCGACGAUGCAACAAAGCAAUAGUUUGGUGAUUAGUGGUGGUGGUGGUAAUAAUAGUGGUCUUUUAAAUUCUACUCAAUAUUCAGAUACGGGGGAUUUAAAUAAAAUACACGUACGUCAUGUACAUAUUCCAUACAUUUUGAAUGGUGAAUUGUAUCAAAUACAAACACAAGAUGGUGAAAAUGUUACCGUCAAAUGUUGUCACUGUCCCCCAGAUCGUGUCUAUAGGGGCAGUGUUCGAUCAACGGGAAAUUUUCAUAUGCAUAUAAAGAGACGCCAUCCAGAUCUGUUGGAAAAACUGCACGAUAUGAAAGUUAAUGCUUUAUUGGAACGACGCGAUCGUUUAAUGCGCAAUCGUAAAAUUACCCAUCGUAACAAUCGUAAUCGUACCAAUACAAAUAUCGGUUGCUCAUUUAAACAUGAAGCGAAAUCCGAAAUGAUAACCCCAACACCAGGUUCUCAAAUAACGCUGGACACAACGUCGGAUUUAAGUCUAUUGCAUACGCACAAACUAAAGAUAAAGACUGUUUUUCAAAGGCAUCAAAUGCAACAGAGAGAGGCUGCCGAAAUGCAAAAUUGGAAUAAAACUGAUUAUGUUGUUAUGCCGAUAGGAAAUUUAACGACAAAUGAUGAAUCUGAGCAGCCAAUUAACUACAGUUUAAAAAUUUCUAACAAUCAGGAAUCUCUCUCGAAUAACAAUCAACAAGAAAUGCUACAUGAAAAAACCAUUAAUAAUUUCACUAAUAUAGCCAAUCAAGCAACAAAUAAUAUGCAACAAAAUGAAUAUAUUUGUGAAAAUCAUGUAUCAACAUCAUCGAUUUCAUGUCCCAGUGUUGUGAGUAGUUAUUCGAGUAAUCAUCAUUAUGAAAUGGAAAUUAAUCGACCAUACACUAGUCUACCUUUUCAUCAUCAUAACUUGUCCAUUAUUAAGCCAGAGCACUUUCCAUUGAUGAAUGAAACAGAAGCCAUUGAUCUUACUACGCAUACUGAUUCAGGAAUAUUUUCAAAUUCUGAAGAUAGUAUAGAACAAAACGAUUCACAUAAUGAUAGCAUCAAUAAUAACAGAGCUGGUUCUCAAAAAACAAAUACUGAUAAUAUUAAUGUUGAACGUAAUAAUGGUGAUAACAUCAAUAAUACUAAUAAUAAUAAUAACUCUGCAAAAUGGCAAGAACUUUUAAUGCAAGUUGAAAAUUCGCUGCGCGAUAUACAACGUGAAAUGAAUGUACGUAAUCAAAUUGAAUCUAAUCGUAUGUUUUUAGAUAUAGCAAAAUUUAAAUAUUUAAAUCCUGGUUUUCAGUUCAAUUGGUAGGAUAUAAAAUAAAAAUCAAACCGCAUUUAAGAGUUCCAAAGAAUAAUUUCCUCAUGAAGUACAAAAUUUAUAUUGUUUAGAAUAUAUAUACUUAAAUAUAAGGAUGUAAGAUUUUUUUUCUUUGAAAUAAAAAGUUAAUUUAGUUAUAAAAUGU